UACAUCAAAUAUUCCGCACUUUUAAAUCACGAAAUCUUGACACUUUAAUUUUCAUAUAUAAAACAUAUUUACGUCCUUUAUUAGAAUAUGCUACAGAAAUAUGGAAUCCUAUGAGAAAAGAUCAAAUAAAAACUCUUGAAAAAAUCCAGAAAUUAUACACUAAAAAAGCAUUUUAUAAAUGUGGACUUGUGCAGAAAUCAUAUGAAGAUAGACUAAAAAUUUGCAAACUAAAAAAACUCGAAGAAAGAAGAAUUCUUACAGACCUUUGUAUGACACAUAAAAUUCUUAAAAAUUACACUCAUUUGGAACCAGAAAAAUAUUUUACUUUAACCAAACGGGCAAAAAGAAGGGCUUUACUUUUACAAAAUAGACCCUUUUCAAAAAAAUCAAAAAAUAACUUUUUUACCCGAAUAAUAUCAUUAUGGAACAAACUACCAAAAGAAAUAGUUGAAAUUAAUAAUUUAAAAAAAUUCAGGGAAUAUACAAAAGAAAUAGAUUUACUAAGACUGUCUGGAGUGGAGUAA